AAAGAUGCGAGAUGUCUAGAUGAAUACUAUUUAAUUGUACCACCCAUGGCUUGAUGGACUUUCACCCACUUCUUCAUAUAGAUGUUUCUGUCAAUGAGGUACUCUCUCAAACACAGCAAAAUCCACGUCUCGAAGGACCUCCUGUUGUAGCAACCUCAGAUCUGUUCUGGUGGCCCCAAAGUCGCGAAAAGUUCCAAAAGAUCUAAUCAUCUCAGACCUAGUUGCAAACAUGGACAAAGACAUUCCCCAGUUGGUGGAAGAACUUCCAGAUCAGAGCUUCGAGUUCAAGACUAAUAAUAUUGAUUACAACGCUGUGGAGUCCAAGGUCCCCAGUUCUGUACCCACGAGACUCCCCAAGAAAGUUCCUAUCACCAUCAUCACCGGAUACUUGGGGUCAGGUAAAUCUACUUUACUUCAAAAGAUUGGCCAAACCUCCAAAAAACGGCUAGCAAUCAUUCUAAAUGAGUUUGGAGACUCUUCAGCCAUCGAGAAGUCUGUCACUAUUGAAGAUGCUCUGAAAAAUGAGGCUGUUCAAGAAUGGCUUGAUCUAGGAAAUGGGUGUCUUUGCUGUACGGUAAAAGAUAAUGGAGUUAUGGCCAUUGAGCAGCUCAUUGAAAAAUCAAGAGACAAAAUCGAUUACAUAUUGUUGGAGACCACAGGAAUUGCUGACCCGGCUCCUAUUGCUAGGAUGUUUUGGCUCGAUGAUGGACUUGCAUCAAACAUUUAUAUUGAUGGGGUCAUCACCGUCCUUGAUUCAGAACACAUUGUCACAUGCUUAGACGAUGUCGGUGGACACUGGCAUACUUCCAAUAACCACUUGAAAGAAAUCCAACUCGGAGAAGGGAAUUUGAGUGCUGAAGAAAUUGAAGAGGAACAAAAGAAGCUUCAAGAGGGUUUAACCACAGCCCAUUUACAAAUCGCAUUAGCAGACACUAUCCUCGUCAAUAAGGUGGAUGUCUUGGACAAAGACCCAUCCACCAAAGCUGGGAAGCUUGCCCAAAUCACCGAAAAAGUGAGAUCCAUUAACAGUACUUGUCCAAUCUAUAAUACGUCUUUUGGAGAUAUUGAUUUGGACAAAAUCCUCGACCUCCAUGCCUUCGAAGCCAACUCUGCCAAGGUGCAAAAGUCCAUCUCUAUGGUGAGCGAAAGUUCUUUUCAUGAUCAUAGAAUCGCCACUGUGACCUUAACAUUCCCGUUCUUCGAGUCUGAAGAAGAGUUUGAUCAAAUCGAAAAGUUUAUUCAGUACGUACUUUGGGAAAACGUCGUCAAUGGGAAGGAGAUUGAAGUGCACAGACUCAAAGGAAUCCUUGUGAGAAACAUACCUGGAUCCCCCGAUGUUCGAGUUGUUCAAGGGGUAAGAGAAACCUACGAUAUCAUAUCUGGAGGAGUGCUUCUUGAUGAGAUCACACAGAACAAGCUUGUUUUCAUCGGCAAAAACUUGGACGUAGAAGAUUUAUAUCAUGACUUGAAACAGUAUAUAUCGAUUUAACCUUGGGACGGUCACCAGCUUUUGUCAUAAAUAAACAUCUUGGUUCCACCAAAGGAGUGGCAGCUUUGCAGCCU